UAAAAUUCGCAGGCAAUGUACAUGAAGAAUGAUCCAGGCUAUCUCAGUUGCAAAAAGAAGCAAUGCAAGGAGCAUAGCAAGGGUAAAUGUAUAGUGACCAGUUGCAGUGGCGCGUUAACAUUUCAUGUUAUUAACAUCGUAACCGACAUCAAAUUUGUGUUUUUUGGCGGGGAAUUCAAGACCCCUUGCGUUUUCAGUAGGUCUGGCCCUAUCAGUUUUGCGAAUCCAGAAAAGCCAUUGUAUGGACAUAUCUCAAGUAUAGAUUCAACUAGAAGAUCGAUGAGAUUAACAUGGGUUAGUGGCAAUAUGGAACCUCAACAAGUACAAUAUGGUGAUGGAAAAACACUGACAUCAGAAGUUACUAAAUUUUCACAAGAUAAUAUGUGUAGUUCAACUUUACCAAGUCCAGCAAAGGACUUUGGGUGGCAUGACCCAGGAUACAUUCAUUCUGCAGUAAUGACAGGACUUGAACCUUCAAGCACCUUCUCCUACAGAUAUGGAAGUGACUCGGCUGGUUGGAGUGAACAAAUCCAAUUUCGAACUCCACCUGCAGGAGGAUCAGAUGAGCUCAAGUUCUUAGCAUUCGGCGAUAUGGGAAAGGCUCCUCGUGAUGCUUCUACUGAGCACUACAUUCAACCGGGGUCUCUCUCAGUGAUUGAAGCCAUGGCCGAUGAAGUAGAUUCUAACAAGAUAGACUCAAUCUUCCACAUUGGAGAUAUAAGCUAUGCCACGGGCUUUUUAGUUGAAUGGGAUUUUUUCCUUCACCAAAUAAGCCCUGUAGCAUCACGAGUUUCUUACAUGACUGCAAUUGGAAACCAUGAGAGAGAUUACAUAGACUCGGGAUCAGUAUAUAUAACUCCUGAUUCAGGAGGAGAAUGCGGAAUUCCAUAUGAAACUUACUUUCCCAUGCCAACGCCAGCAAAGGAUAAGCCAUGGUAUUCCAUAGAACAAGCAAGCGUUCACUUCACAGUGAUUUCUACUGAACAUGAUUGGUCACAAAAUUCUGAGCAGUAUGAGUGGAUGAAAAAGGACAUGGCUUCCGUUGAUCGAUCAAAAACUCCUUGGUUGAUUUUCAUGGGGCAUAGACCAAUGUAUUCUUCCUCAGAUGAUGCCUUUAGCGUCGACAAAAGAUUUGUUGAGGAAGUAGAACUGUUACUCUUAGAAAACAAAGUUGAUCUGGUUCUCUUUGGCCAUGUUCAUAAUUAUGAGAGAUCCUGCUCGGUUUACCAAAACGAAUGCAAGGCUUCGCCUAAAAAAGAUAAAAAUGGGAUAGACACACAUGAUCACGACAAUUAUAGUGCCCCAGUGCACGCAGUUAUUGACAUGGCUGGAUUUACCCUGGACAAGUUCUCAAAUCAAGUGGAUAGCUGGAGUCUAUCUAGGAUUUCCCAGUUUGAAUAUUUGAGAGGGCAUGCAACAAAGAAAGAAUUAAACUUAAAGUUUGUAAAUUCAGAUACAAAGAAAGUUGAAGAUAGCUUCCGCAUCAUCAAAACUCAAGGUUUCUCAUGA